UGGAGUGACAUCAGAGACAGACCGGAGGAAAAAAAUAAAGAUGCAGAAGCCAAAUAGACCAGUGGAGACUUGCGGAUACUUGGUGCGUAAUUACGCAUCGCCUUGCGCUCAGAGCAACGGGAACCGCUGCGCUCCGGCAACGAAGGCCCCCAGCGGCAAAUCCUUUACCAUCGAGGCUCUGCUCGCCAAACCGGAUCAAACACCCAGGGAUCGGAGCAGUCCGGUUAAUUUUGGGAUAAAAUACCAGCCAGCUGCGCCAACUCUACCUCUAUCUGCUUUACCGAUUCCUUCAGCGCCUUACCUCUAUUCUCCGAACCAGUUGCAGCCCAGUAUUCACCCGCAGCCUGGAUACUCGGUGUACUGUUACCCACCUUUCACCUACGCACCAUCCUGUCGGGGCGGAUUUUACGCACAAGCUGCCGCGUCCAAAGUCAACGCAGGGCUCCAUCAGUUCAAGAUUAAAGGCGGCAAGUCGAAACGGAUGCGCACCAGCUUCACCAGCGAGCAGCUCUCCAGGCUGGAGAAGGAGUUCGCUCGGCAGCAGUACAUGGUGGGAUCCGAGAGGUUUCUGCUGGCUUCAGCUCUGCAGCUCACGGAAGCUCAGGUUAAAGUCUGGUUCCAGAACAGACGCAUCAAGUGGCGCAAACAGAGUCUGGAGCAGCAGCAGGCCAAACUGGCCAAACUGGGUCUGGCUGCUCCGCCAAAGAGUCCUGGAUCUCAGGGCCAUGGGGACGAAGGCGAUGAAGAGGAGGAUUUCUCUGACUCAGAUAUAGAUGUUGAUGUAUCGGAUGACUCAGUGGAUCACUGCUGACCGUUUCAGUGGAACUUCUACAAAGACUUUACUGUACAUAGUGCUGAGAAAGAAGAGACAACCGUCUCCAAAUAUGACUAUUUAAUAGAUUUAUUCUUAUAUAUUUAAUUUUCUACAUGUAUUUCUUUGGAAAUGCGAUCAUAUCAUGUACUGCUUUAUA